AUGCAAAUCCACCAAAAAGUUAUCAAAACUGGAUUUUUGUCAGAUGUUGUCGUUGUGACUGCUCUGAUAGAUAUCUAUGCAAAAUGUGGCAGCAUACAGAAGGCACGCGAAUUGUUUGACAAUAUGUCUAGUCGAGAUGUGGCUUCAUGGAAUGCAAUAAUUGUAGGAUAUGCACAAAAUGGGCUUGUCGACAAAGCCUUGGAUAUUUUCAAGCAAAUACAAUUGGCAGGUUUAAAGCCAGAUUCGGUAACCUUUGCCAGUGUCCUCCCAGCUUGUGCAAACAUUGGAGCUUUAAAGCAAGGUAUGGCAAUCCAUCAAAAAAUAAUAAAAAACGGGUUUUUUGAAGAUGCAAUCAUGAAUUCCCUGAUAGACAUGUAUGCCAAAUGUGCAAGUAUACAGAAGGCACGUGUGUUGUUUGACAAAAUGCCUCAAAAAAGUGUUAUUUCAUGGACAGCAAUGAUUGCAGGAUGUGCAAUGCAUGGAUAUAGCAAGGAUUCCCUCGAACUUUUUGAACUAAUGAAGCACUCUGGAACUGACCCGAACCAUGUAACCUUUCUUUGUAUAUUAUUUGCAUGUAGUCAUGCAGGUCUAGUGGACAGCGCCUGUAAGUACUUCAAUUGCAUGAGUGAUUCUUAUUGUAUAAUGCCUACACCGGAUCAUUAUGUAUGUAUGGUUGAUCUCCUUGGCCGUGCUGGCUAUCUUGAGCAAGCCUUAAACUUUAUCAUCAAAAUACCAUUGCAAAACGAUGUAGAUGUGUGGAUGUGUUUGCUUGGCGCUUGUAGAUCACAUAAGAAUAUAGAGCUAGGAGAGUAUGUAGCAACACUUCUAUUUGAAUUAGAUCCUAAAAAUGCUGCUCCUUAUGUUCUUUGGUCCAACAUUUAUGCAGAAGCAGGCAGGUGGCGUGAUGUUCAUAAGAGAGUUCAGUGGACUCAAAUAUCAAGGAAAUCAGAGAUACUGAGAUUGGACAUUUGCAGCUCACGACUAGAAUUUGUGCUUGCAGUAGCAGAUCACUUUGAUCCAAAUACAAGGCAAGUGAAAGAUGUAGAUCGGAAUGUCAUUAUGACUCUGGACAGUGUAUUUUUAAAUAGUGUUUUCAGAGGCUCUCCAGUUGAAGAGGUAGCUGACAUUUCUCAAGAAAGUGCUCAAGAGUCCUAUGAGAAAAAUGAAGUUAAAUGCAAGAAAGUGGUCAACACUGUGUACCUCUCUGCUUCUAGACAUUCUACUACCUCAUGA